GCUCUCUUCCGGUCCUGCGUGAUUUCCGGAGCGGAUCGGAACCCGGAGCCUGGAUUCGGUUCCCACUCGGGCUAUAGAGGAGCAGGUGUGGAUAAUGGCCCAGGAACCAAUGGAUGAAGCUGUAUUUAUAUGGUGUGAUGACUGCGGGCAGUAUCACGAUUCCGAAUGCCCGGAGCUUGGGCCUGUGGUUACUGUCCAGGAUUCUUUUGUUUUGAGCCGAGCCCGGUCUUCCCUUCCUUCAAACUUGGAAAUCAAGCAGGCAGAGGAUGGCGCAGAAGGGGUUUUUGCCGUGACGCCGCUCGUGAAGCGUACCCAGUUUGGCCCAUUUGAGUCUAAGAGAGUUUCCAAACUGGACAAAGAGCCACGUUUCUUGCUUAAGGUGUUCCACAAGGAUGGCCGGUCGGAGCUGUGUGACACGUCCAGCGAGGACGAUUGCAACUGGAUGAUGUUUGUGCGGCCGGCCGCGGAUUUCACUCAUCAGAACCUGACCGCCUUCCAACAUGGCAACGACGUCUACUUUACUACCUCCCAGGAUAUAGCGCUAGGUGCCGAGCUGCGAGUGUGGUACGCAGCCUUCUACGCAAGAAGAAUGGAGAAAGCUUUGCUAAAGCCUGCCAUACCUUGCCACAGUGAGGUGAAUUUCUUGGCUGCUGAACCUGAAAAAGACCUGAACCCAAGUUCGUCUUCCAAGACUCCCCCCACUGCCAUUUUGUCUCCCAAAAAGAUGAAAGUUACUCAUCCGCCUGCAGCUUACACCUCAGUUUCGUGUCAGGAUAACAGCGAUAUCAUUCACGUGGAAACCUGCCACUGGACCUGUAAAGUGUGUAGCACCACCUUUAUCGAACCCAAUCUUUUGACAGAACAUUUGCUUAGUCAUUUAGAACAAGCCAAAGGGAUUCCCCCUCCAACUCAAUGUGAGAACUCCUACCUGGAGUGUGAUACGGUGAGUGUGAGUGCCGACCAGACCGUCAUCUGUGCCGACUCCAACCAAAACCUGGAGGUGAAGAAGAAACCAAAGAGGGGCCGCAAGUCCAAAGUUCCAAAAGGCAAUAUCCCUCUUGUGAUAGUGGAUGAUGACAGCCCAGCAGAACACAACCCGAUCUUAUACAAUCCAGUCUUCUCAUCCGACCGAGUGGCGGAAAUUAUAACAGAGAUCCCUCCCGAUGACGUUCAACUGCCCCACGAUCCAGAGGACAAAUUCAUGGAGCUAAUGUUGGGAAAAUUACCCAAUGCCGCCAACAGCCUGCCCCCUGUCUCCAAAUUUGCUUUUCACCAAACUAGCAGCUCGGUGAAGAGAAGUAUGUUGCUCCCUGGCAGCAGGCACGCGAUCCGGCGGAAGUUUGCGAGGCAGCUGGGGGAUCACAAGCGCGUCUUCCAGUGCAACAUCUGUGCCAAAGUGUUCCGUAACAGCAGCAACCUUAGCCGGCAUGUCCGAUCCCACGGGGACAAGCUGUUUAAGUGCGAGGAGUGCUCCAAACUCUUCAGUCGGAAGGAGAGCCUCAAGCAGCACGUUUCUUAUAAGCACAGCAGGAACGAGGUAGAUGGGGAUUACAGGUAUCGCUGCAACACCUGCGAGAAGGCUUUUCGGAUCCAAGGAUUUCUGGAGUUUCACAACUGUAGAACAGAUGACAAGUCGUUCCAGUGUGAGAUGUGCUACCGGUUCUUCUCCACCAACAGUAACCUCUCCAAGCACAAGAAGAAGCACGGGGAAAAGAAAUUUGCCUGUGAGAUCUGUAACAAACUGUUCUACAGGAGGGAUGUAAUGCUGGAGCAUCACCGGAGGCACCUGGAAGGAGUGAGACGCGUAAAGCGGGAAAGCCUCCAUCAGAACACCGACAAUUCUAUCCGGUAUAAAAAGGAGCCGUCGGCCUGUCCUGUGUGCGGGAAGAUGUUCUCCUGCAGAAGCAACAUGAACAAGCACCUCCUCACUCACGGAGACAAGAAAUACACCUGCGAAAUCUGCGGCCGAAAAUUCUUCAGAGUCGAUGUCCUACGGGAUCACAUCCACAUUCAUUUCAAGGACAUUGCACUGAUGAAUGACCAGCAGCGGGAAGAGUUCAUUGGGAAGAUCGGCAUCUCGUCGGAGGACAAUGACGAAAACUCUGACGGGAGCGUAGAAACGGAGCCGCACAAGUACAGCUGCAAGAGGUGCCAGAUCUCAUUUGCUCGGGGGAAGGAAUACCUCAAGCACAUCAUGGAUAUCCACGCUGAGAACGGCUACGACUGCAGCAUUUGCCACCGGCGCUUUGCGCUCAAAGCAACGUAUCACGCUCACAUGGUCAUUCACCGGGAGAACCUGCCCGACCCAGAGGUGCAGAAGUACAUUCACCCCUGUGAGGUCUGCGGCAGGAUUUUCAACAGCAUCGGAAAUCUGGAGAGGCACAAACUCAUUCACUCAGGAGUGAAGAGUCACGGCUGCGAGCAGUGCGGGAAGUCGUUUGCGCGGAAGGAUAUGCUAAAGGAGCACAUGAGGGUCCAUGACAACAUCCGGGAGUAUCUGUGCGCUGAGUGUGGGAAAGGAAUGAAGACAAAGCACGCUCUGCGGCACCACAUGAAGCUGCACAAGGGUAUCAAGGAGUACGAGUGCAUGGAGUGCCACCGCAGGUUUGCCCAGAAGGUGAACAUGCUGAAGCACUACAAGAGGCACACAGGGAUCAAAGACUUUAUGUGCGAAUUGUGCGGGAAAACAUUCAGCGAAAAGAACACAAUGGAAACUCACAAACUCAUCCACACAGAAGUGGGGAAGCAGUGGACGUGCACGGUGUGUGAUAAGAAGUACGUGACCGAGUACAUGCUCCAGAAACACGUCCAGCUCACCCACGACAAGGUGGAGGCGCAGAGCUGCAAUCUGUGUGGGACCAAGGUGUCAACCAGGGCGUCUAUGAGCCGCCAUUUAAGGCGCAAGCACCCAGAGGUCCUUUCUGUACGGAUUGAAGACUUAGAUGACCUGCAAGAAUCUGAGGCCAUAGAUACAUCAUUAAGCAUUGUACAGCGAGAGCUGGAUGUGGAAGAGCAUGAGGGACUGCAGCGGGCGAAACGGAUGAGAACGGGCACCUCCCGCGCGGGAAAGCGCAAGAGUCGGGAGGAAGACGCAGAGGAUCCGGAAGAUCCCACAUUCACCGAAUAUCAGGAGAAGGAGUCGGAGUUUACACGCAGCAGCGGAGACGAGGAUGGUUCCGCCGUGGAGACUUUGCAGCAGGUCGUGGUCACAAUCAGCGAUGGGAGUGUCCCCGCACCAUCUUGCACGGUUGGCCUUACAAACAUUACGGUUACUCCCAUAACCACCACAGCAGGCACUCAGUUCGCCAGCCUCCAGCCCGUAGCCGUGGGUCACUUGGCCGCCUCCGAGCGGCAGUUGCAGCUGGACAGCUCCAUCUUAACUGUCACCUUUGAUGCAGUGAGCGGCAGUGCGGUGCUACACAAUCGCCCGGCAGAACUGGCCAUUGCGGCCUCGCAGGAUGCCGCCGGCCCUCAGCCUGUCGCGCACUUCAUCAACCUCACUACUUUUGUGAACUCCAUCGCUCCUCUGGGAGGUCAGAUUUCUAGUGAGGCGCCGCUGACGUGGAGGGCGGUGCCUGCGGGGGAGACCCCGCCCCAUCCUGAAGAAGAUCAGCCCUCGGAGCAGACUGAGCAGCAGUCAUCAGGGCCCCACACUGUGCAGGAGGUACCCCCAGACACACAAGGACAGAUGUACAGUUACUAAGCUAUUGGAGGAGUAUUGGGACGUGCAGCUAUCAUCGAAGAGCCAAUCGGCUCGUCCGCUCAAGCGCCAAGAGUGCGUCAUUUCAGACUAGCAGAACUAUCCUGACACUGGAAAAUAAAGACUUGUACUUGGGCCAGUACUGUAACGGUCCAACCAAUGAGGUGCAUACAUUCAAGAGGAUGUUCCUAUUAAUAGUUUGUUAGUAAACUUGCGAUUGGUCGUUGAUUAUCUAGCGGCAGCCUGAAACGAUCACGGCUCUUGUGAACUAAAGACCAUAGAGGUACGGUGGGCAUUGCGCGUCACGAGAGCCGGAGGGUUCAAACAGGGUUUGUUACAUCACUCGGUAACGGGGGGGGCGGUUUAUUAAAGGAGAACUUAACCUGACUAGAAAUGCUGUAUUUUAUAUCCUGAGCUCACUGUACCAGCCCUAUAACAGGAAUGAUCCAAGUUGUUCACAGCAGCUCCCCAGUGUUUUGAUUGGUGCAGGCUAGAAAGCUUAGCCCAAAGCAGGGGGGUUACUGGGCGGGGCAUCUUCAGAAGCACAGACCCUCCCUGCUAAAGAACUGCAAAGGCCAUUGGCUGGUACUGAACUCACAAAUAUAACAUGUAGCAUUUCUUGCCUUAUUGCGCUUGACAAAUGUCAAUAAUAUGCCAAUAAUUAGGGGGGUACGGUAUAGGUGUCUCUAAUGGACCCAGAGGUCCAACAUGCUCCUCCCCUCUUUUUUUGUAAUCCGACAAAUCAGUACUGUGCUAUAUAAAAGCGAAUAACCCCCCUUACCCCAUUACAACCCUUUGGGAGUAUUGGUGGCGGUUGGAACCGGGUCCCUAUAGUUACCCCCCCCCCCCCCGAUAAUGCCUAUUUAUUAUAACCAGGCCCAGGAGGCCUCGCUGAAGUAUUUGCUACAGAGCGUAAUAGGAGAAUUUCUAGCAGGCUGCCAGCAAAGAUCGCUAUUGGAUAAAUGUCAGUAUAGAUGAUGUCAUACAUCAGUAUAGAUUAUGUCAUAUGUAUCAUUGUUCUACCUAACUGCCAGCGAGUGAUCACAUGGUAACACCCAUGCACCCAAAGCAUAUUGUAUAGGCACAUAUAUAAGUGCUAUCGAUCACCGUGACAUUGCCGCGAGUCCCGCCCUCUAGCUCGAAGGCACCAAUGAAGUAAGAGCAUUUUCUCCAUUGACCCCAGUAUUAAGUUGGCCGUUUUUUUUGCGCCACGUUGGAUUGAGAGCCGAGAGCGUCUCUUCCGUUUGUUAAUUACUGUAAAUUAAUUACUGUUUCUCAGCCAACUUUAUAGAAUGUGACUUUUGUUAUUUACCCCAAUUUAUUUAUUGACUCGGUGGCCUUGUCUGUAAGAUAUUCUGGUUGUUCCACUCGUCGUAUGGGAAAUAUUUAUGCUCUGUUGUUUGAAGGACAUUUUUUGUUUGUUUGUUUAUUAUUAUUGUGUUAUUUCUGUGCCUGAGGAAGGCUAUAGUAAAAAAGAAAUGAAGCUGGA